ACGCACCACAUUUCACCCUUAAAAUAAACUCCAUCGCACACAAUCACCAUUUCCAGUCUCUUCACCUUCUUCUUCUUCGUUUAUAAGUCGGUGCAUCACGCAUUCUGCAUUCACACUUCCCGGCAAGUGUCGGAGGAGAGAGAAUUUAGAGAGAGAAACUAGAGAGAGAGGAUUGAGAGAGAGAUAGAGAGAGAAAAGAGAAGGUGAUGAGCAUUAUUAGUGGUGCGGUGAAGCAAACUCCUGCACCUGGAAACGACGGCGUUUCAAAGAAAAGUCAAAUCGAGUUAUCGCUUGAAGUCAACGCUUGUCGUGUUUUAAUGGUGGCGGAGCAACUCACUAUGUGCGCACAAGCCUCUGAUCAACACGAGAAGUUCCACCAUCUUUGUCUUGCUCUUUCCAGUGAGCUGGACAAUGUGGUAGAUGAAGCUCUCCAACAUAAUCAAGAUUAUCCAGGAGGCAAUUGCCAACAUGUUCUAAGGGGGAUAGAUUAUGGGCUUGCAAACAAUGAGGUGCCUUCCCACGCUUCAAAGUUGCCACCAGUUUUGAAAAUGGUGUGUAACCGGAGAGAUGAUUUCUUUCUGCAAGCAGCUAUAAUGGUGCUUAUGAUCUCUGUAAAGAAUGCUUGCAAACUUGGAUGGUUUAGUGCUAAGGACACAGACGAACUUUUGACUCUUGCAGAUGAGGUUGCAAGCUUUUUUGUCACUAAAAAAGACACUAAUGCUGAAGUGUGUAAUUUUCUGCCAACUGUUUCUACUGUAAUUUCCAGGUUUUAUCCCCGUUUUAAACUAGGUCAAGUAAUUGCGUCCCUUGAAGUCGAGCCAGGAUACGGGACCCACUUAGUUGAUUUUCACAUCACAAAGGACACAAUAAUCUCGAAAGACGAGAAAAUUUACUUGUUCGUGGCAAUGAAAGACAAUACAGAAACGUCUUCUUGUAUCAUUAGUCCUCAGAAAGUGAAUGUAUUGCUCAAUGGCAAUGGUGUGGAUCAUCGAAAUACCGUUUCAAUGGAUCAUGGACCUCAGCUUCCGACUAUGGUUAAUCGCUCCCUUAAAUAUGGAAUAAAUCUCCUUCAAGUGGUUGGACAAUUUAAUGGCCGUUAUGUUUUCGUCAUUGCUCUUAUGAGUGUUACACCAUCUUCUGGUCUUCCAUUUCCUCUAGAUUAUGAUCAGCCUGUCUCUGCUGCACUAAGCUCAGAUUCUGAGAUUAUUGAAGGGCCAUCACGGGUUAGUCUUAAUUGCCCCAUUAGUAAAACACGCAUCACAACACCGGUGAAAGGAAACUUUUGCAAGCACUACCAGUGUUUUGACUUAUGCAACUAUGUUGAGAUGAAUUCAAAACGACCAAACUGGCGGUGUCCAAGUUGUAAUCGACCUGUCUGUUUCACUGAUCUUCGUGUUGACCAGAAGAUGGCCAAGGCGCUAAAAGAGGUGGGGGGAAAUGUUUCUGAGGUGAUUAUAUCUGCAGACGGGUCAUGGACAUCUGUUUCCAGUGACAAGCAUAAAGAUGAGUCACAUGAUAAAACCUCAGCUAACCAGGAGGAAGGGCAUGAGCUGGAGGAGUCUUCUACCAUAUUCAGUGCUCUUGACAUUUUGUAUGAUCUAACUGGAGAUGAUGACGAGAUGGACACAUGUGAAGCAGUAGAUAUGAAACCUGUAGUCCAUCAUAAUGUUCAGGGUCAAUCUGUUCCUUCAAAUUUAACGCCACCACUAAUAUCUAGAAGUACCAUGGAACCGAGUCAAUUUUCUUCUGCACAAGCUGCACUGUUGUUUAAUUCUCUCUCUGCUGGCUUUAACAUCAGGCCGCAAGCACACCCUGGUGUUACUUUGGGGACCUUCAGUAAUAGUGGGCUAACUCCAGUAUUGACAGAUGCAGUUUCUCCUGCACUAAACAGACAGCCGGAUAACUUUCAAGGGACUAAUUAUCCAACAAGUUCUAGGUAUGCUCAAAUUACAGUGCCUGGUCCCACUAGUUUGCAGCUGCAAGAUGCAGUAUAUUCACAGACAAUGAUGAACAAUAUGCAUCUGAUACCCAGAAAUGUCACAAGAGUUUCAUCAGCUAUCCAGGCCCUUCCAGUUCCGAUGCCUACUACAAAUAUGCAGCAGCAUUCAAGACCUACUGUGAGCAUACCUGCAGCAAAUGCGUCGUCUGUUCUUAGCCAAGGGUCUCCUGUCAGGUCGAAUAUGCAUUCUGCUAGCUCUUAUGGCAGCAAUGUCGAAAGGCAAUGGCAUUUACCUGUCAGUCCUCUUAACAUGUCAAACAUGGCCUCAAUUCCACCGCAAAAUCGCUCUGCUUCCCCAGGUGUUCGCCUUUCAACAACAAAUCAUAACAUGUAUACACCUCAAGCCCCUCAACAAUUGAGCCAACCACCACAUCUUAUGCGCACAUCACAACUUCCUCGUAAUCAUUCGAUACAGCAUGGAGUUACCCCCAGAGUGGGGGCUAGCAAUUCACCAAGCACUCUCCAGCGUGUGCAGCUCCCACAAGCUUCUCAAGUGAGACACUCACAAACCAUGCCUCUCCAGACACAAGCUGUCAGGAUGCCAUCAUCAUCGCCUCUGAAUAUGGGAACACCUCAGGCAGUCUCUAGGUCUGAAAACUUAAUUGAUUUACAAUUGGACCACAACUGGAGACCCACUGGUCGAAUGCGAGGAGCACUCACAGGAGAUGCUUACUCUAAGGCUUUGAACCAAUAUAUGGGUCAGGCUGCACAACCAGCUCAGGCUCCUAGUCCUAGUCCUAGUCCUAGUCCUAGACCAUCUGUAUCUUCAGCAUCUCCAAUGCUACCUAAUAUCCAAGUCCUGCUAGCCAAUAGAAGGGUUGCUUCUGAAAUGCAUGAUAGACAAGGAACUGGUGCGUCCACCGUCUCUGGAACUCCUGGCACACGAGCAGAAGGGCCUCCAGGGGUAAAUUAAUUUAACAUAAUGUCUUUAGUGGUAUUCUUUUUGUGAUAGUUGUGAAUUAGCAUACUGUUUUUGUGCCUCACGGUGUGUAAGCUGAUCCCUGGUGUAGGCUUUGAUGUUUAAGUUGCCCGUCUCGAAUAGUCUUGGUUUAUUUGCUAGCUGCUAUAAUGCUUGAGAUUAUGGGCUUAGAAAAUAGAUUUCUUCUUAGAAAUCACAUGUUUCCUUGUGAAGGUUAUUUUGAUGGAUGUAUAUUUUGUUUAUAUGUACAGUGCUAUCAUGAGAGAAAGGUGAAUGUCAGUUUGCUAUCAGUGUUGGAAAAAAAGUUAUGUAUAGUGAUAGCUAUUUUCCGGUGUUCUA